AUGGAGACUACCGGAGGCAGUGUUCGACCCUUUGUUCAUUUCAAUGCAAAACAGGAUGCUGAGCUCCUGAACAAGGCAAUGAAAGGCAUCGGCACUGAUGAAGAGGCCAUCCUUCGGCUCCUGGUGGCUCGCUGCAACUCCCAGCGGCAGGAGAUAAAAUCGGCCUACAAGAGCCGCUACGGAAAGGACCUGGUGAGCGAAUUGCAAUCGGAAAUAGGAGGGAAGUUUGAAAUGGUCAUAGUCAGCCUGAUGACUCCGCCUGUUCUCUACGAUGUGACCCAACUCAAGAACGCCAUCAAGGGGGCAGGGACUGAAGAAAGUGUUCUCAUAGAGAUCCUGGCUUCUAGAACACAGGACCAGAUGAAGGAAAUUAUCAAAGCCUACAAAAAACAGUACCGUAAAAGCCUGGAGUCAGAUAUCAGUGGUGAUACUGGAGGAUACUUCAAGAGGAUGCUGGUGAUUCUUCUCCAGGCCAAUAGAGAGGAAGGAGUCGAUGAAGGAAAGGUGGAGAAGGAUGCUAAGGAACUCUUUGCCGCAGGAGAAGAGAAGUUUGGCACAGACGAGGAGAAAUUUAUCACUAUCCUGGGUAACAGAAGCACAGAACACUUGAGGAAAGUUUUUGUCGCAUACAAGAAGCUCUCUGGGUAUGAAAUUGAAGAGAGUAUUGAAAGAGAGACUUCAGGGGGUCUGCAGGACUUGCUCCUGGCUGUAGUGAAAUGUACUAGGAGUGUGCCAGCCUAUUUUGCAGAAAGCCUCUACCAUACCAUGAGGAGAGCUGGUACUGAUGACGAGACUCUGAUCCAAAUCAUGGUGUCCCGGAGUGAAAUAGACAUGCUGGACAUCAGAGCAGAGUUCAAACGGAUGUACAAAAGCUCUCUGUACAACACGAUCCAGGAGGACACAUCUGGUGAUUACAGGAAGGCUCUCCAGUAUCUCAGUGGCGGUAAUGACGGCUAA